GCCCUCCUGGGAGGUCAGAGAAAAUCCUAGCUUCAGCCAGCUGGCUCACUGGAAAGCCUUGGAACUAACUUAUCUUGGGAUGGCAGCCCCCAGGGUGCUCCCAGUACCUGGCUCCUGAGUCCUGAGUCUCCAGUGAUGGACAGAGGAGGCUCAUUGUGGGGGCGCCCACUGCCAGCUGGCUCGCCAAUGCCUCGGUGGUCAAUCCUGGGGCGAUUUACAGAUGCAGGAUCGGAAAGAAUCCAAACCAGAUCUGCGAACAGCUCCAGCUGGGAAGCCCCAGUGGAGAACCCUGUGGGAAGACGUGCUUGGAAGAGAGAGAUAAUCAGUGGCUGGGAGUGACAAUUUCCAGACAGCCAGGAGAAAAUGGAUCUAUCGUGACUUGUGGGCACAGGUGGAAAAAUAUAUUUUACAUGAAGAACAAUAAUAAACUCCCCACUGGUGUUUGCUAUGGCAUGCCUUCUGAUUUGCGGACAGAACUAAGUAAAAGGAUGGCCCCCUGUUACCAAGAUUUUGUGAGAAAAUUUGGAGAAAAUUUUGCAUCGUGUCAAGCUGGAAUAUCUAGUUUUUACACACAGGAUUUGAUUGUGAUGGGGGCCCCGGGAUCAUCGUACUGGACCGGCUCCGUCUUUGUCUACAACAUAACUACGAACAAAUACAAGGCAUUUGUAGACAGACAGAAUCAAGUAAAAUUUGGAAGCUACUUAGGCUACUCAGUAGGAGCUGGUCAUUUCCGAAAUCCACAUACUACCGAAGUCGUGGGAGGAGCCCCUCAACACGAACAGAUAGGAAAAGCAUAUAUAUUCAGCAUUGAUGAAAGCGAACUGACCAUCGUAUAUGAAAUGAAAGGUAAAAAGCUUGGCUCUUACUUUGGAGCUUCUGUCUGUGCGGUGGACCUCAAUGCAGAUGGCUUCUCAGAUCUCCUUGUUGGAGCGCCUAUGCAGAGCACCAUCAGGGAGGAAGGAAGAGUGUUCGUGUACAUCAACUCUGGCAUGGGAGCUGUGAUGGUUGAAAUGGAAAGAGUGCUCGUCGGAAGUGACAAAUAUGCUGCCAGGUUUGGGGAAUCCAUGGCAAAUCUUGGCGACAUUGACAAUGAUGGCUUUGAAGAUAUUGCUAUUGGCGCACCACAAGAAGAUGACUUGCGAGGCGCUGUCUACAUUUACAAUGGCCGAGUAGAUGGCAUCUCCUCUACAUACUCACAGAGAAUCGAAGGACGUCAAAUCAGCCAGUCACUAAGGAUGUUUGGACAGUCUAUCUCAGGACAAAUUGAUGCAGACAACAAUGGAUAUGUUGAUGUAGCGGUUGGUGCAUUUCAGUCUGAUUCUGCAGUGUUGCUAAGGACACGGCCUGUAGUGAUUGUUGAAGCAUCUUUAAGCCAUCCUGAGUCAGUAAAUAGAACAAAAUUUGACUGUACUGAAAAUGGACUUCUGUCUGUGUGCGUGGAUCUUAAACUGUGUUUCUCAUAUAAGGGCAAAGAGGUCCCAGGCUACAUCGUUUUGUUUUACAAUGUGAGCUUGGAUGUGCACAGGAAGGCCGAGUCUCCGUCAAGAUUUUAUUUCUUCUCCAAUGGGACUUCUGACAUGAUUACAAGAAGCAUACGAGUUUCAAGCAGUGGAGAGAAAUGUAGGACACACCAGGCAUUCAUGCGGAAAGACGUGCGAGACAUCCUCACUCCCAUUCAGGUUGAGGCCACAUACCACCUUGGGCAUCAUGUGAUCACCAAACGAAACACAGAGGAAUUCCCACCCCUCCAGCCGAUCCUUCAGCAGAAGAAAGAAAAAGACAUUAUUAGAAAAACGAUAAACUUCGCAAGGUUUUGUGCCUAUGAAAAUUGUUCUGCUGAUCUGCAGGUUUCUGCAAAAGUUGGGUUUUUGAAGCCAUAUGAAAAUAAAACCUAUCUUGCUGUUGGGAGCAUGAAGACCAUAAUGCUAAAUGUGUCCUUGUUCAAUGCUGGAGAUGAUGCUUAUGAAACUACUCUGAAUGUCCAACUCCCCACAGGCCUUUAUUUCAUUAAGAUCUUAGACCUGGAAGAGAAACAAAUAAACUGCGACGUGACAGAGAGCUCAGGCGUAGUUAAGCUUGCCUGCAGCCUCGGUUACAUAUACGUGGAUCGUCUCUCAAGGAUAGACAUUAGCUUUCUCCUGGAUGUGAGCUCACUCAGCAGGGCCCAUGAGGACCUCAGCAUCAACGUGCAUGCCUCCUGUGAAAAUGAGGGUAAAUUGGACCAAGUGAAAGACAACAGAGUGACCUUAGUGAUACCUCUAAGGUAUGAAGUUAUGCUGGCUGUUCACGGGUUUGUGACCCCAACUUCGUUUGUGUAUGGAUCCAGUGAAGAAAACGAGCCAGAAAUGUGCAUGGCAGAGAAAUUGAACCUCACUUUCCAUGUUAUAAACACUGGCAUUAGCAUGGCUCCAAAUGUUAGUGUGAAAAUAAUGGUACCAAAUUCUUUUCUCCCUCGAAAUGAUAAGUUGUUCAACGUUUUGGAUGUCCAGGCAACUAUGGGGCAGUGCCAAUUUGAACACUAUGGACGAGAGUGUGCAUUAGCACAGCAAAAAGGCAUAGCGGGGACCUUGACCGAUUUGGUCAAAUUUCUAUCAAAGACUGAUAAGAGACUCCUGUAUUGCAUGAAAGCUGAUCGACACUGUUUAGAUUUCUUAUGUAAUUUCGGGAAAAUGGAAAGUGGGAAGGAAGCCAGCGUUCACAUUCAGCUGGAAGGCAGGCCAUCCAUCUUGGAAAUGGAUGAGACCUCAUCGCUCAAAUUUGAAAUAAAAGCAACAGCUUUUCCAGAGCCACACCCAAAAGUUAUUGAGCUCAAUAAGGAUGAGAACAUUGCCCAUGUUUACUUGGAAGGGCUCCAUCAUCAAAGACCCAAACGGCAUUUCACCAUCGUGAUUGUCACCAUCAGCUUGCUCCUUGGACUUAUUGUACUUUUAUUAAUUUCAUGUGUUAUGUGGAAGGCUGGAUUUUUUAAAAGGCAGUACAAAUCUAUCCUACAAGAAGAAAACAGGAGAGACAGCUGGAGUUAUGUCAACAGCAAAAGCAAUGAUGACUGAAGACUUAAAUUGAGAGAAUUGAAAAAGGUCUCAGGUUAAGAUCUCUCCAGGAGAUCUGUGAUAAUUUCUCUUUUCCAUGCACUUAUGGUUUUGUGACCCACUCUGUCUUAGUGCUGGGGAAGUCUGCAAGGAAGAAAAUACACAAAGAUGGCUUGACAGCAGUCAGUGAAUAAGUGGAGCAAAACACUAAAGCUCUGGACACACCCAGAACUUCCGAAGCCAAUUUAAAGGGACAGUAACUCCAGAUUUAGCUGGACCGACUUAAAAGGAAUGAUCUUUCAAGGAAAUAUUACUGAUUAGGUGGGCUCACCUCAGCAAAAUGGAUGCCAUGAUAUGGAAGGGUAUUGGUUUCAAAUAUACUUUUGAUUUAUCUUCAGACUAUGACCAUGAUCUUUGAAGCCAUUGAAAAUAGCUAUCCCUGGCUUGUCUAAUGGAUAAAGCAGAGGACGUGAAGACUGCUGUUGGUGUCACGGCAUCACUGGGCUGUGUCCCUACAGCCCUGUUCAUCUGCAGAUAGGAAUUUUAAAAUCCUGAAGAACAAAAUCCAUUUGCAGCAGAAUACUGGGGAAAUAACAGCUGUGAACUCUUCUAUGCAUGUACAUAUACUUUUUAAAGAAUAAAAACUUCAAUCUACUUCUUUCCAUUAUCAAAACCACCCAGGAAAAUUUGCUUUUUCAAAUUCUCAAUUGCAAAUACAAAUUCUUAAGAAUUUUAAAUAGCAGAUUAUAAAUAUUGCACUUGAGCCGAUACACAUGGAUAUAACACGCACUGCAGCUCACUGGUGAUCGAAAAUUGUACAAAGAGAGACUUGGAGGCCAAUGUUUUAUAAAACAUUCACCGCUUCAAAUUAAGCAAUCAUGAGUAUCUGCUAAGAUAUUGUUUUUUUUUCUUGGCCUGGUUAAAUAUACGUAAACCAGGACUCUGAAAAUGGACAAACAAAUACAUAGUUGGAACUGCAAAUAACUGAUCAAGUUUGUAUGCAGUGACAUCAAAAUUCCCACGAGAUAAAGCAUGCUUGAUAUUGCUGCGCAAGAUUCUGUUUAAAAAUGAAAUGGCUUCUACCUGGGUCUGCAUAAUUUUUCUGUAAUUACAACCAUUUUGUAGUAUUUAUUUCAUAUAUGUGGUUGGAUAACUGUAAGCUUCAUCUGAAUCUGUCAUGUGUAAGAAAGUCAUGUCCAGAUUUUGAACAUGUGCUAGAUAAAAGAGGCAGCCUUCAGUGUUAUGAAGAAAGAUCACUUUACAGGAAGUGUUUGCUGCCAGCUGGCCCUUCCUCAGAUUUCCGGAUUCAUGAGGGUGGCCUCUUCACAAGUCUGGCUGGAGAGGGAGGUUUUGAGUGCUGAAACUUGAGCACGGAGCCAUCAGAUCUGGGUGUGCAGUAAGCAUAUUUAAUUAAAUGUUUAUAUUUUUAAGGUAUACUUUUUUGUGUAAAAUGUAACUGUUUAUAGUUUUCUCAUGAAAAUUCAAGUAGUUAUUUCAUGAAGAUGUCAAAGUUACUGGAUGAGAAAUCAAUAUCAUUUCAGACCUACCUUUUCAAGGGAUGGUGUCUGAGAAAAUGCAGAUCGUUACACUGAAAACCAGCUCCUGCCUUUCAGAUACAUAAGAACACUGCUACCUCCUGGGCCACAUUUUGCCCAGUUAGAAAGAUAUAUUUUUUAUGGAUAUUUGUAAAUAAAACUUGUAAGUUUACUUAAGUACAAAUCUAGCUGUUAUGAUAGUAGAAUAACAUCCUAGGAGGAAAGAAUGUUUUCUAUUAAGUGGAUAUUCGUGUUAAUAUUACUAGUUAACUGUGAAGUCUGAAAUUUUACAAAAUCUAUGUUUUAUCAGGAUAUAGGAAAUACAAAAACAUUAUCUUCAACAAUAUCAAUAUAGCACAAUGUUUUUUAGAUUGGAUCUAACAAAUACCUUCCAAAUAUCAGAAUUUUAAUUUUUUCCAUUGACUUCAUAUUUUUAUUUUUAUUUUUAAAUACAUAGUUACUAUUUUAAUUGUAUUAAAAUAUUUUAAGUAUAGGAGCUUUGCAAUUUUAUGAGGACCCAUUAGUUGAUUCUUGAUCUUAGAGCAUAAAUCAUUAGUGUCCUAUUCAGGAAAUUUUCACCAAUGCCCAUGUGUUUGAGACACUCGCCAUUUUUCUCUUCUAUUAGCUUCACAUUUUACAUGGAGGUCCUUGAGCUCUGUGCCCAUGUGUUUGAAAUUCUUCCCCACUUUUAAAAAAAAUUUAUUAGAUAUAUUUCUUUUUUUUUCAUCUUUAUUAACUUGGGUAUUUCUUAUUUACAUUUCGAUUGUUAUUCCCUUUCCCGGUUUCCGGGCCAACAUCCCACUAAUGCCUCCCCCUCUCCUUCCCUAUGGGUGUUCCCCUCCCCAUCCUCCCCCCAUUACCGCCCUCCCCCCAACAAUCACGUUCACUAGGGGUUCAGUCUUGGCAGGACCAAGGGCUUCCCCUCCCACUGAUGCUCUUACUAGGCUAUUCAUUGCUACCUAUGAGGUUGGAGCCCAGGGUCAGUCCAUGUAUAUAGUCUUUGGGUGGCUUAGUCCCUGGAAGCUCUCGUUGGUUGGCAUUGUUGUUCAUAUGGAGUCUCAAGUCCCUUCAGCUCUUUCAGUCCUUUCUCUGAUUCCUUCAACGGGGGUCCCGUUCUCAGUUCAGUGGUUUAAUGAUGGCAUUUGCCUAUGUAUUUGCUGUAUUCUGGCUACGUCUCUCAGGAGAUAUAUUUCUUUACUUACAUUUCAAAUGUUAUUCCCCUUCCCGGUUUCCUAUCCAUAAACCCCCAUCCCUUCCCCUCCCCCUCCCCCAUAUGGGUAUUCCCCCCAUACAUCCCCCUUACUGCCCCCCCAUAUUCCCCUACACUGGGGUCCAACCUUGGCAGGACCAAGGGCUGGUGCCCCAACAAGGCUAUUCUCUGCUACAUAUGCAGUUGGAACCCUUGGUCAGUCCAUGGAUAGUCUUUCGGUAGUGGUUUAGUCCCUGAAAGCUCUGGCAUUGUUGUUUUUAUGGGGUUGCAAGUUCCUUCAACUCUUUUAAUGUUUCCUCUAAUUCCCGCCAAGGGGGUCCUGUUCUCAGUUCAGUGGUUUGUGGCUAUCAUUGAUCCAUGUAUUGGACAUGCUCUGGAUGUGUCUCUCAGAAGAGAUCUAUAUCCGGUCCUAUUCAGCAUGCAUUUUUUAGCUUCAUCAAUCUUAUCUAGUUUUGGUGGCUGUAUAUAUAUGGGCCACAUGUGUGUCAGGCUCUGAAUGGCCAUUCCUUGAGUCGCUGCUCUAAACUUUGCUUUCAUAUCCCCUCCUAUGAAUAUUUAUUUUUCCCCUUUUAGGAAGAAGUGUCUUCCCCACUUUUUUUUCCUAUUAGUUUGAGUAGAUCUGGUUUGAUGUGGAGGUCCUUGAUCCACUUGAACUUAAGCUUUGUACACGGUGAUAAGAAUAGAUCGAUUUGCAUUCUUCUUCAUGCUAACCUCCAGUUGAACCAGCACCAUUUGUUAAAAAUGCUGUCUUUUUUCCAUUGUGUAGUUUUAGCUCCUUUGUCAAAGACCAAGUGACCAUAGGUGUAUGUGUUCGUUUCUGGGUCUUCAAUUCUAUUCCAUUGAUCUACCUGCCUGUCUCUGUACCAAUACCAUACAGUUUAUAUCACUAUUGCUCUGUAAUACUGCUUGAGGUCAGGGAUGGUGAUUUCCCCAGAAGUUCUUUUAUUGUUGAGGAUAGUUUUUGCUAUCCUGGGUUUUCUGUUAUUCCAAAUGAAUUUGCAAAUUGCUCUUUCUAAUUCUAUGAAGAAUUGAGUUGGGAUUUUGAUGGGGAUUGCAUUGAAUCUGUAGAUUGCUUUCAGCAAGAUGGCCAUUUUACUCUAUUAAUCCUGCCAAUCCAUGAGCAUGGGAGAUCUUUCCAUCUUCUGAGAUCUUUGAUUUCUUUCUUCAGAGGCUUGAAGUUCUUGUCAUACAGAUCUUUCACUUGCUUGGUUAGAGUCACACUGAGGUAUUUUAUAUUAUAUUAUUUUAUAUUAUUUGUGAUUAUUCUGAAGGGUGUGAUUUCCCUAAUUUCUUUCUCAGCCUGAUUAUCCUUUGAGAAGUGGAAGGCUACUGAUUUCUUUGAGUUAAUUUUAUAUCCAGCCACUUUGCUGAAGUUGUUUAUCAUGCUUAGUAGUUCUCUAGUGGAACUUUUGGGGAACUCUUUGGGGGAACACUUAAGUAUACUAUCAUAUCAUCUGCAAAUAGUGAUAUUUUGACUUCUUCCUUUCCAAGACCUCCUUUUAUUGCCUAAUUGUUCUGGCAAGGAUUCAAGUACUAUAUUGAAUAAGUAAGGAAAGAAUAGGCAGCCUUGUCUAGUCCCUGAUUUUAGUGGGAUUGCUUCAAGUUUCUCUCCAGUUAGUUUGAUGUUGGCUACUGGUUUGCUGUAAAUUGCUUUUACUAUGUUUACGUAUGGGCUCCACUAUGUUCAUAGCAGCCUUAUUUAUAAUAACCCAAAGCUGAAAAGAACCCAGAUGUCCUUCAACAGAGGAAUGGAUACAGAAAAUGUGGUACAUUCACACAACAAGAGUACUACUCAGCUAUUAAAAACAAUGACUUCAUGAAAUUCUUAGGCAAUGGAUGCAACUAGAAAAUAUCAUCGUGAGUGAAAAAAGAACACAUAUGAUAUGCACUCACUGAUAAGUGGAUAUUAACCUAAAAGUUCAGAAUACCCAAGAUACAAUUCAAAAACCACAUGGAUUUCAAGAAGGAGGAAGAACAAUGUGUGGGUUCUUAAGUUCUUCUUAGAAGGGAGAACAAAAAUACUCACAGGAGGAAAUAUGGAGACAAUGUAUGGAGCAGAGACUGAAGGAAAGGCCAUGCAGAAACUGUUCCACCUGGGGAUCCAUCCCAUGUGCAGCCACCAAAGCCAGACUAUAUUGUGUCGGAGAGGCUCCGCCAGAGUCUGACAAAUACAGAGGCAGAUAUUUACAGCUAACCAUUGAAUUAAGAAUGGGAUCCACAAUGUAGGAGAAGGACUGAAGGAGCUGAAGGGGUUUGCAACUCCAUAAGAAGAACAACAAUAUCAAUGAACCAGACCUCCCAGGCACUAAACCACCAUCUUAAGAGUACACAGGGAUAGACCUAUGGCUUCAGUCAAUAUGUAGCAGAGGAUGGCCUUGUCAAUGGGAAGAGAGGCCCUUGGUCCUGUCAUGGCUUGAUGCCCCAGUGGAGGGGAAUAUCAGGGCAGGGUAUUGGGAGGGACUGGAUGGGUGAGGGAGCACCCUUAUAGAGGCAGGGGACGAUAGCAGGUUUCUUGAGUGGAAACUGGGACAGGGGAUAACAUUUGAAAUUUAAAUUAAAAAAUACAAUAAAAAUAAAAGAUAAAAAUAUUUUAAUUACAUUAAAAUAGAUACUUUAAUUAUAUUAAAUAGUUAUCUUCAUUAAAAUGCAUUUUCUAUUUGUAUAUAUAUAUAUAUAUAUAUAUAUUGCAUGCCAGAUUCUUUUAUAAUAAAUUUCUACUUUACACACUUCUUUCAUAUGCAAUUACAUGCUACUUUGGAAUCAUUCAUUUCCUCCAGGCUUCCUCCAUAGAGUUUGAUCAGUCUUGGGUGCAGCCUAUAAGGAAUAACAUAGGCUUGAUUAUUUCAUUUUUCUGCCACGCAAUGUUUUACACACCUUACAAGUGUGGUACAUAAGUCACACAUACAGACGGACAUACACUCCUAGCAGAGCUACAAGUCAUCAAGGUGAAGGACAUAAAACACCAACAUCUGUGACCAUUCCAGAGCAUUCUUAACCACCUUUCCUGCAAGGUUAAUACCUCUAGUGCCUCUAUGAAGAGACAGUCAUUUAAGAACACCCCAUAAAAUCGAUUCUGUGAAACAGGAAAAAACAGAGGCUCCUGCCCAUCUCCCAGCAUGCUUCAGUCUGCUAAGACAUUAAGCUUGCUAAGAUUGCGUAUAUAAGUUUCUACAAUCGAUCACUCUUGUUAACAUAUAUGUAUGGUGUGUUGAAUGCUUUGUAAAGAUUUGACAAGAGAUUCCAUUACUUUAUAUAUUAACUUGAAUAAAAAGAGAACUUGAAUAAAAAUAGGACUUGAUAAAAACAAA